UGAGUUGAUGAUUCUAAUCACUUGAAUUAUGCAGAGCGCAAAAACUAUGAAAUCGUUUUGCCUUUAGAAACCAUAUAAAGCUUCUAAAGAAAAGAACUCGUCUUAAGCUAUCAUAAUUUAUUUUUUUGGCAAUUUUUAUAAGCUAGUUUGGACAGCACUUCUGUCAUAUGAUCAGAUUUUUUUUGUCAACCUCAAUUAUGUUAUGAAAAAAUUUACCAUGUCAUAAAAGUUAUCCCAAAAUGAGUAGGACCCCGACAAUUCAUUUCAACCCUCACCAUUACACGGAUGAGGAAACAUCAGUCGAGCAAAUAGUGCAGCUCUACGACAUCUUCCGUUCUGCAGACAAAAACAAGUGUGGGAGAGUCCCAAUUGGCUCUCUUUAUAUAUCCCUGCUAGAUAAGAUAGACGGGAGCAACUUGAUAAUGAUUGUUCGUGACUUGAAGAGAAAGGGGGACAAACAGGGGUUGAUUGAUUUUGACACAUUUGUACCCAUUGCAAAGAACAAGAUCACGGAAGCUCCAAACUGCAAUGAUGAUCUAGAGAUGGCUUUUGAGAGUUUCGACCAGAAUGAAAGCAGUUUCUUAGAACCUGAUGAUGUUAAGAAGACACUGCGCACGCUAGGAGAGCAAAUCACAGACUUAGACGCAGAAGACAUGGUUAAGAUGGCCGACUUAGAUGGCGAUGGAAUUGUCAGUUUUGAAGACUAUCGCGAGUUCAUGGCCAGUUUGGAAGGCAUUGAUUGGAAUGAAGAAUAACUAAAAAUCUUAUCAUUUAAUAUUCAACGUUUUUAAAUGAUGAUUACCAAUUCUUGUAGCGUUAGCUUUUAGUGUACACAAAUUAGUUCGAGCUUCUUCAUUUUGUCUUCCACAAAUCAUAUUUUCGUUUUGGAUGUUGCGACAAAUUGCUUCACGUUAUAAUAAAAUUAGUAGAGAAAAUU